AGAGAAGCCCAGAGAGGAUCGCCCCCUUUGCGAGGAGCGGCAGCGUCGCCUCCCCAGCCACGAGCGCCGCGACAAUGCCGCUGAGACGCGCCUUUUUCUCCGGCGCUGCGCUUUUCCUCCUGACGGUUCUUGCCAUCAACAGCUUCUACCAUGCCCUGGGAGAUGACUGCAGUCUAAGGAAGACCAUCCACAAGAGAAGCAGCCAGGAUCUGAAGCUGCUCGACAGUCUUCGUCCAUUGCGUCGCACCAAAAGGAGAUGGGUUAUUACCACCCUAGAACUAGAGGAGGAAGACAAAGGGCCGUUCCCCAAACGUGUCGGAGAGCUCUUUAAUGAUGUAUCACACAAGCAUGAUAUAAAUGUGAAAUAUUUAAUCAGUGGACCUGGUGUGGAUGAAUAUCCAGAGCCUGGACUGUUUUCUAUUGAGGAUGAUGUGAAUGGACAUGUAUCUGUGCACCGUUCCAUUGAUCGAGAGAGAAACCCUUCUUUCACGAUACGUUUUGAUGUUGCGGAUAGGACGACUAACGAAAUAGUGGAUAGAUCUUUACUCUUCAAUGUUAAAAUUAAGGAUAUAAAUGAUAAUGCACCUGAGUUUUCUAAAAAGGAAUUUAACAUCACAAUGAAAGAAAACCACGACAGAAAUGAACCAGUGUUCAAUGCCACGGCCUAUGACAAGGAUGAAGAAGGCACUCCGAAUUCUCUAGUGGAGCAUUCUCUGGUUUUGCAGACGCCUCGUACAAAAGAACCUGUCUUCACCAUUGAUCCUUCAAGUGGCCUGAUCCGUGUCAAGGGAUGUUCAGAUUAUCAGGCGACUUCGGCUUUCAGACUUCUGGUCAAAGCUACAGACAAUGGAAAUCCACGGCUGUCAUCAACAGCAACAAUUAAUAUUGCUGUGGAAGAUUCCAACAACAAUGCACCAUUGCUUGCUAAAGGAACUCAUUACCUGAACAUCCCAGAAGGCAAAACAGAACAUGGCAUCCUCCGCCUCCAGGUGGAAGAUAAAGAUUCUCCCAAAACACCUGCUUGGAGAGUCAAGUAUAAGAUACUGGGAGGAGAUGACACAGAGAACUUCAGCAUUGAGACGGAUCCUGAUACCAAUGAAGGGGUUUUAAGCAUCACAAAGCCUUUAGUUUAUGACAAACACAACAAGCGGAGACUCGUGAUUUCUGUGGAAAAUGAAGAGCCCCUCUUCUUCUGUGAAGGUGGCCAGGUGCGGAGUUCUCCAAGCAACCAAGAAGCAUAUGUCAACAUAAAUAUCAUUGAUGAGAACGACGCUCCUCAGUUCCAUCCUCCUGUUCUUGUUCUUUGGAAAGAGGAAGGGAUGAUCCCUGGGAACACGAUUGCACAUUACACAGCCAAGGAUCCAGACACAACACCACACAUCAUAAGGUACAAAGUAGCUUCUGACCCAGGUGGCUGGGUGACUGUUGACGAACAUUCGGGGACCGUGACGAAUGUGAAAACACUAGAUAGAGAAUCUCCCCACGUGAACAACAGCGUAUACACCAUUGUGAUUCAUGCCAUUGAUGACGGUGUUCCACCACUAACUGGCACAGGCACUAUCCAGCUUCACCUGUCUGACCUCAAUGACAACGCUCCCAUGUUAGUUACACCUUUGCUGGUGGUCUGCAAGGGAAAAGAAAAAGGCCCAUUCCUUGUAAAAGCAGAAGACAAAGACUCUGAUCCCUAUGCAGAGCCCUUUACAUUCCAGCUAGUGGAGACCAAUGGGAAUGGGCAAGACUCUUGGAAACUGGGACAGAACUUUGAUGACUCAGUCGAGCUGUUCAUGUUGAAAAGCCUCCCUCCUGGCAAUUACGCAGUGCCGCUCCACAUUUUCGACAGGCAGGGGUUUUCUACGGAACAGACCCUCCAUGUCGGUGUGUGUUCCUGCCGGGAUGGGAUCACAUGUGAGCAGGAGCUGAGACUGGGUUCCAUGUCGGUGGGUCUAGGAGGAGGAGCAGUCGCUGCAAUCGUGGCUGGGUUCCUGUUCCUGAUUUUGGGCAUAGCUCUCCUCCUUUGGUGUUCCUCAACACCAGAAUCGAAGAAAGGCCCUCCCUUCAUCCCGUACGAAGAAGGCAACCAGACUCUGAUCCACUACAAUGAGGAGAGCCAACAAGCUUUGUCUCAGGAUACACCCGAUAUGGGAGAUCCUGCUAAAUCAUCCGCAGUCUAUGCACAAAUUUCCAAAGAGAAACCACAAACAAUUAAGAGGCCGACUGGAGUGAGCACCUCACAUUCACGGACAUCCAGUCAAGUACCCUAUGAACAAAACCUACCUGAUGACCAUAGAAUGACCCAAGCAAAGCUGACAGAGCACAAUGACCAUCCUGGUGGAAGUAUAAUCUCACCCCCAACCAUCCCAGAAUAUUUCCAAAUGAUCCCUGGCUGGCAUCAGCAGACAACCUUGCUCCCUCAAAGCAGCAAGACGCACUGGAAGAAACCACAUGAUUGGAUGCUGGAAACACUGGAUGAAAUCUUAAAUCAAAAACUUAUCCACAUCGCCGAUCUAGAAGACAACGGGGUCUCUUACACUCCUCAUGUUUAUGCAGAAGAAGGAAUUUUGGAGAAAAGUGAAUCCUUUCUCUCCCUACCAGUUGUGGGUGAUCACAGCCUACCUCCGGAUUUCUUGGCUACUUUGGGGCCUAAGUUCACCACUCUUGACAAAAUCUGCAGCAAGUGAUCCCUUUAAAGCUGCCCUAUGAGCAGCUGGGAAUCCUCCCAGUUUCAAUUGAACUAUAGAUAUGCCGUUCAUAAAGGGAUUUUUGCCAGCAUUCAUUCUGCUGAAUUUUUAUACUCGUAUAAAUGGAUUCUUUCUCUUAUUUUGCAAUAAAUACAAUGUUUUUAAAUUUU